UCCUGUUUCCGUGAAGGUGGUUUAGCUCAAACUGACCGGCAACUCGGCAAUCGGCAAGCAAACCUCCACAGGCCAAAAGCGCCGACGAUCGAUUUUGAAGUACAGCGUAGCAAAAAGAGCUAGGGAGCACAACAGCGGCAACCAUCAACAACUACAGUGUGUGGCUAUUGCUAGGCCACAACGGAGAAUUAGUAAGCUUGCUUGCUAGCUAGAGUUUGAUUAGGUUUGUUGCUGGUGUUGACUCUAUCUCAAAAAUUUCGGUUAAAGGAGAAGUGUCACGCUUUGCACAGGACGAAGCCAUGACCACGUCCACCAAAGCCACUACGGAUGGAGCUGCUCCAGAGCCCACUGCCAGUGUGUUAAAGAACGAUGUGGAGGACGACAUGACCAUGAAUGCCAGUGCAAGUGAAAGGGAAACUACUGCCAGUAGUGAGAUCAUCGGUAAAGCAACUACUACUGCUGCUCCCCCUGGCUUUACGGACGAGGCUGCGACCAAAGAACAAGUGGCGGCGGCUGCCACUGAGUCUGCCAAACAACAAGGCCCCCCACACCCGGUACUCGCGACAAAGUCCUCUCAAAUAGCUGCCGGCGACAUUUACUCACUGGUGGACUUGCCCGAGCCGGUUCCACCACAGCAACCGCAACCCAAUCUUCCCGGGGCUUACGCCGUCUCGGGCGCCGCUCGCGGUGCCGUUCAGAAUUUUCUGCAACGACGAGCGAAUACGACUACUGCUAGCAAUUCCAAUACUAAUAUGCGCCUCGACAACCACCACCACACCGCUCAAGACAACGACAACGACAACGACGAAAGCAAAUCGAACAGCGGGCUCGUCGAGGCGACACCCCUUUCGGAGGAUCAAGUCGGGCCGAUUGCAAUAGCAGCAGCUCAGGAUCCUCUCUCCAGCCAUGCAUCAUCAACUGGUAGUAAUAGCCACAGAAAUAGUGCCGCUUGUCGGUUCUAUAGUGCUAUUGGUUUGGCAUUGAUAGUACUAUUGGCGGCGGCCGCCUUGGUCGGAUACAUUGUUGGACAAAGCAAGUCGGAAGCACCAGCCAUUGUGAUUGUUUCGCCGCAAGCUGGAGACCAAACAACAACGGGGCAGUCGAAUGAUGAUGCCAGCAUUGGAAACAACAGCACUGGUGCAACGGCAGACCAUACCGUUCUUGACACAACGCCUUCCAACGUCCUCUCCAUCUUGCUCGAUCCCCACCUAUUCACAUCUACAAUAGAAAGACUCGAGGAACCCUCUUCUCCCCAAUACCAGGCAUAUCAAUGGCUGAAAGACGACCCAAACUUGACAAGCUUUACUACGGCUCGGGUCAUACAACGCUUCGCUGCCGCAACCCUCUAUUACGCGACACAAGGGGAUCAAUGGGAUAGCAAUGAUGGACCCGUGACCGUCUCAUUUGGAUUGCCUGGUAUGGAUGGAUUCAAAGUCAAUGUCACGGCUUCCAAGUGGCUCGACUACAACAGCCAUGAAUGCAGUUGGCUCUCCUUUCCCGUUUUUGAAGGAGUGGAACGAGAAGGAGAGGGGCAAUGGCUGUGUCCAGACUACGAUCCCAACGUCCCCACAAGCACAGGAUCCUUUAUCAAUCUCAAUCUUUUCAACAACAACCUCAACGGAACGCUGCCGCCAGAGCUCGGGCUCCUCACAACACUGGAACAGGUCCAUUUGUAUCGCAACCCGCAAUUGCAGGGGGAAAUCCCGUCCGAAGUGGGAUUGCUCACCAACCUCCACUACUGGAGUUGCCGGGCUUGCAAACUGUCGGGGCGGGUUCCGUCGGAAAUCGGCCUCCUAACCAAGUUGACGUACCUCAAUACCUUUCGAAACCUUCAUACGGAUGCCUUGCCCGCACCAGUGUGGCGAUUGCCUCGUCUCCAACUGUUACGAAUCGGCCAAAAUGAAAUUUCGGGAAGAAUCCCCGACGCCAUUGGAUCGCAACUCCCCCACAUUCAAUUGAUCCGAUUGUCUCGGAAUCAAAUGAGUGGUUCGAUUCCCAAGUCGAUUGGUGACUGCAGUCUCUUGACCGAGUUGGAUCUCGCUGCGAACUCCUUCACCGGUUGGAUACCGUCCGAACUAGGACGCUUGCCGCUCCAAGAGUUGGAAUUGGGAGAUAAUCUCUUGUCCGGCCGUGUUCCGUCCGAGCUGGCGCAAUUGACGGGGCUCGUGUCGCUGAAUCUCAAAAACAAUGCGGAUCUGACGGGUUCCCUGGAAGAGUUCCUACCGGUAGCAACCGACAUUAAUGCAACUGAGAUGGCACUAAUGUCCUUGUCAAUCCAGGGGACAGGGAUCACUGGAACCAUCCCAGAAGAGAUAUGUGCCAUUGAGGCCCUCACCUUUGAUUGUUCACCCUCAUGUUGUGGGUGUUCCUGCCCUUGUGUGGAACAACCAUGAUCCAGCCAUCCAAGCCAAUGAGACAGUCACACUUCCUCUCGGUUUUGUGAGUUUCCCACUGAUCCAAAGUCCACAUACAUCUUCAGGGUUCGAGAUGACUGAGUGAGUAACCCUGCAGUAGCCUACUCUACUGGGUAGGUAGGAGAGUACCAUUGUGAGGGGUGGAUUAGUCACAGUUGUGUCAGGAAUCCAAAGGAUAUUCCACACAGCAGACAAGACUAUCUGGGCGGGCUGGCGGGUCCUAGGUGGCGGUGAGGCAAUGGGUGGGCUCUGUCUCGGAUCCAAUGCGACCCAAACGUGCCAAUACCGCUGGCAUGCUAACGAGAGACAGCGAGAUGUUUGAAAUGAUUUGAUUGGCAGCUAUACUGCUGUAAACUCAACACCUGAAACAGGCCCUUGAGGACGCCCAGCCACAAUUUAGCCUAUUCACCACCAACACUAAGUCUUGACCUCCUGAGAUGCUUUUGAACGGAGACAGGAAACAAAAUCCAACAUUUCACUCUGAAGUUUGAUCGUCAAUCCUUCCGGCAAAAGACACAGGUCUUGCUUGCUUGUGUGGGGACGAUUAUCACUUGAAAGACUACGUUUCAGUUUUACACUUGCUACGUGGCAUGGGCAGCGGACCGGGUCAUUUCUGCGGCCUAGCUAGCUAGCCACUUGUACGGUACAGAUCAAGCAGAUUCUUCUUACUUGCAAAACCACCAGGAAGAGGUCCUUCAUGAGGACUUGGCCAUCAGCCUUGGCCCUUCCUGAGCAUACAGACUGUAAUAUUAUUAUUCGACUUCCUGGGCUACUUCAACUGCUUCGUCGGUUGCAGUCUCUCCACGCGUCAUUGCCAAACAUCUGUUUUUGAGUGAGAACCUGGACGGAAAAUGGAAAGUACAGGAGAGUUUGCCACCUGAUCACUGAUCAGGGCACAACUUCACUUGUGGACUACCAGGUAGCCACUCGUGGGCUCCAACUCCCACCAGCAAUAGAGCGACCCAAGGCUUCAAAGCGGAUUGGGAAGCCAAAGAAUCAGAAGUGCAUCUGGGCAUUCCAGGCCCCAAAUCACUACUGGUAACACGUUUGCUAUAGCAACAGCUGUAGCAGAAUUCUUUUCUUCUUGUGAUUUCCACGAUCUUUAACAGGUACCGGUAAGCAUCAGCAGGAUGCGAGCUGGAAGCACCUAGCUGCUAGAAUCUGAUGAUGACGAGUUGCCGCCUUUGCGGAACUGCUCCUCUCGGAGUGCUGUGGCCAUUGUUGUGGCCAUUGCGGUGGCACCAGGAAGCUUGUGAUUUCAUCUUUUCCGACAAUCUGAUUGAUUCCCCCUUCAAUCCGGUGUACACUUUUCCCCCCUUCGCUCCCUUUUUGCCCUCGGGGAGUAAGUGGAGAGAUCCCUGGCAGCCUUCGCUGGGUCAUGCAGCCAGUCUUGUUCAACACAUUCAUCGUUGGAAUCGAAGAGGACCACUCCAUCCCUAAGCAUAAGAAUAAACUUAGGGUUUGUAUCUGCCUGGAUAGCUAGACUACCAUAGCGUUGGGAAUCUUCAGAUACUGAUACUUUGCCACCCAGCUACCGGUAGCUAGAAAGUAUGAAGAAACAAACAAACUGUUUGAGAUAUCAAUAGUCUGAAACCAGAAAACGACAAUCAUUUUAAAUAACACCAAAAUCUACAAUUUUUGCCUCACGAUCAGAGGCAGACAAUGAUCACAAUUCUAAAAACUAUCUCUGCAGCUUUCAAAGGAAAAAGAGAGUUCAGCUCACUGGCCCAGCCACUCUGGUAGAUGUCCAACCUGUGCCAACAUUAGUCUAGAGUAAGACUCUAUAUCUGUACAGAGAUCUGCUUGUUCAGUUGUGCUCAAGAGUACUGGCUAGCUAGAGUACGACUGUACCUGGUAGAAAGAAGCCCACAGAGUCAAAUAAACCAAGAGCCACCCAUUGCGUGGACACAAAAUAAAUAUAAUAUCUUAUAGAGAAGUUUCAAGUAAAAUGGGAUCUAAGAGCUUCAGGCCUCAUUGAAAAUUGCUCACAUGGGAGAUCAAGCUGGGUGAAUGAAGUCUUAGAGUUCCCACGAGUAAUGUCCGAAUGGGAGGUUGUUCUCAUUUCUCAAGUUCAACCUGCAUGUCAGCGGCGAACGUCGGCGAUAAAACACUGUUGAAGGAAACAGUAGAAUAGAAGACUUACCUGGUACGUUUAAAACUGAAAAAGAAGCUGACUUGAAGAAUUAUGAUUGACACAGCUGUUGACAACAGUGAACCGCGAAGAACGUGAAAACAAGAACUUGGAUAUGCCGCUUAAGAUGAUCCUGCAAGAAACCUUC